UACAUCACCUUCUACCUCCAUAGAAUCAUUUCCAGAUCACUCAUCAACAUCUGAAUCCCCCGAGAUUUUCUCAACACAACCAAUUACAGCAUCACCUCUUACUUCACCAAAAACAUCUAAAGAUCAUUUAACAACUGAGUCUUCAGAACCAUUAACAAAAUCAAUUACUGCAUUACCAUCCACUUUAGCAGAAUCAUCUACCCAUCACUUCUUAACAUCUGAAACAACAAAAACAUCACCAAUACAAACAGUUGGAGUGUCACGACCUACUAAUACAGAAUCAUUUACAGAUCACUCAACAACAUCUGAAUCUUCCAAAACAUCAAGACAAACAGUUAUAGCCUUCACAUCUGUUUCCCCACAACCAUCUACGGAUCCAUCAUCAACAUUCAAAUCUCCAGAAACUUUAUCCAAGCAGCAAGUUACACCAUCACGUGGAAAGUCACAUGGAGAUCACUCCUCAACAUCUCAAACUCUCCAAAUGUCAUCAGCAUCAUCAAUUACAUCACCAAUUACUUUACCAGAAUCAUCUAGAGAUCAGUCAUUAACAUCUAAAUCGGCAGAUAUUUCAUCAACAAAUUCAGUUACAGCAUCACCACCUGCUUCUGCAGAAAUGCAUACAGAUCACUCAUUAACACCUGAAGCUCCAAAAACUCCAUCAACACCAUUGUUUACAACAUCACCUUCUACCUCCCUAGAAUCAUCUCCAGAUCACUCAUCAACAGCUGAAUCUGCAGUAACUUUAUCAACACCAAUCGUUACAUCAUCACCUAUUACUUCACCAGAAACAUUGACCAAUCAUUCAAAAACCGAGUCUUCAGAAAUGUUAACAAAAUCAAUUACUGCAUUACCAUCAACUUCCACAGAAUCAGCUACACAUAACUCCUUAACAUCUGAGGCCACAAAAAUUUCAUCAAUACAAACACAUGGAGUGUCACAACCUACUCACACAGAAUCAUUUACAGAUCUCUCAUCAACAAUUGAAUCUUCAGAAACUUCAACACAAACAGUCACUGCCUCACCAUCUCCCUCCCCAAAAUUAUCUACAGGUUACUCAUCAGCAUCUGAAUCUCCAGAACCUAUAUCAACACAAACAGAUACAGUAUCACCACCUGCUUCGGAUGAAUCACCUAGAGAUCACUCCUCAAAAUCUGAAGCUCCAGAAACGUCGUCACCACCAUUCUUUACAUCACCACCUACUUCAACACAUUUAUCUACAGAUCACUCAUCAACAUCAACUACAACUCUGUCAACAACAACCACCACCACAGGCAUUUCUCCAGCAACCACUACUUCAAAAACCCCACCAAAAGUAACCACCAACAAAACCACCUCUUCACGACCAUCUAUAAUUUUUCAACCACCAACAGCUUCACUAUCAAAAAUAUUUGCUCAAGCAGUGGUUAAGAUGCAAUGUGUCACUAAACUAAGCAAUGAGAAAAUCAUCAUUUAUAUAGAGGAGUUUUCCCGACUCAUCCAGGCUAAAGUUAAUGGAACCAUCAAGAUUACAGUGAAGAAGACCAAAAUGUAUCACCCUAAGGAUCACCUCCUUAAAGCUCCAUAAAAAAAGAGAAGUCUGAAGAAUGGAUUUCAUUAUUCCACUAAUAAUAAAACUAACAAUUCAUGUUAUGGAUUGGCACCCUGUCCAGGGUGUACCCCGCCUUGUGUCUGAUGCUCCCUGGGAUAGGCUCCAGGUCCCCGUGACCCUGUAAAGGAUAAGUGGUAUAGAGGAUGGAUGGAUGGAUAAUUCAUGUUUCCACUGUGGGAAAAACAAAUGCUGUGUCAAUGCAAAGGCACUAGUAUUAUUUAAUUAGCUCAGGAUGAUAACUGACACAUUGCUCAGCCAUUCUACAUAGUUUGUCAUGUGUGCAUGUAAAGUUUGCCUGAAAAAUGUGCCGACCAAGGAUUAGAAUGACCAACGUAAAUAUUCAUCAUAUAAACAAAGCCAUGUCACUCUUCCAGAAAGCACUAACACAUCACAGCCACACAAACUGUCUGUUAACAUAUUUCUGUACUAAUAGGAUGUAAAUUUUGGCUGUGUCAAGUAGACAACAUUGCAGUGUUAUCAUAAUCUAAGGCACAACAAAGGGCACAACGAAAUUUAUUGCCUCAUGGUUUCUAGAAUGUUUCUUGAACAUGGAUUAUUAUUGAAGGCUUUAUCGAUAUUCUUGACUAGAGUUCAUGCAACUUUAUAACUUUACUUUUUUUCAGUUUGUGUAGUCUAUGUUAAAUAUACUCUGUGUUCUACCAGAACAAAUAAUAAAACAAAGAGAAACAAAUAUUUAUUGCUAUAAUUAUUAUUGUUAUUAUUGUUAUUAUUAAUAAAAUUUCAGUGCAAAAUGUCUGUGUUCUAUU